CAGACACACACAAAACGCUGUACCCCUCUCCUUCUCCUCACGCUCUCUCCCAUCCCAUCUGCCCCGUACCACCCCCUCCCUCGGCAAGUGAGUGUCCCGGGCGUAGCCACCUAGUCUCGCCAGAAGCGCAGCGCCCACUGCCCAAAGGAAUCCACGCGUACAGGAGCGACCUCCGCGACUGCAGCCGGACCGAUAGUCCCAGCACCGGGGAUCUCCAGCACCCCACCCCCGCCCCUCUCGGCCACGACAGAGCCUCGACCCCUUCCAAACCCGAGGAGCCCCGCCACCUCUAUGAGAGAAGGCGACGCAGGGCAAAGGAGCAGGACGCCUGGCAGCCGGACUCCCCCGCAAGUGCGCGGCGCCCGCUCCGCGUCCGCGCCACGAUCACCCGGGAAGCCCGAUGCCAGCGCGGCGCGUCGGCUGAGAGGGGACAAGGCGGGUUUCUCCCGCUCGCCCCGGAUCCGGUCUCUGCAGCGGCUGUGCGUCCCAGCCGGGGCUCCGCCGGCCCGGGAGUGAGUCGCAACCGCGGGAGGACCAGAGCGGCGGCCCGGGGUUGGCCCGGGCAAGGAAAGGAGGGACGGAGCUAGCUAGGGGAGGGCGCAGGGGGCGGGGAGGGGACCCCGGAGGAGAGAGAUGACAAUGUCUCUCAUCCAAGCGUGCCGCAGUCUGGCUCUCUCAACAUGGCUGCUUUCCUUUUGUUUCGUGCAUCUGCUCUGCCUGGACUUCACCGUGGCGGAGAAGGAGGAAUGGUACACCGCCUUCGUAAACAUCACCUAUAUGGAGCCCGAGCCCGGGGCCGCGGUGGCAGGCGACGGCGGCGCCGAGCUGCACACGGAGAAGAGCGAGUGCGGGCGAUACGGCGAGCACUCGCCCAAGCAGGACGCGCGCGGCGAGGUGGUCAUGGCCAGUUCGGCCCACGACCGCUUGGCUUGCGACCCCAACACCAAGUUCGCCGCGCCGGCCCACGGCAAGCACUGGAUAGCCCUCAUCCCCAAGGGCAACUGCACCUACAGAGAUAAGAUCCGGAACGCGUUCCUGCAGAACGCCUCCGCUGUGGUCAUCUUCAACGUGGGCUCCAACACCAACGAGACCAUCACAAUGCCCCACGCAGGUGUGGAAGACAUCGUGGCUAUAAUGAUUCCUGAGCCCAAAGGGAAGGAGAUAGUGAGCCUGCUGGAAAGGAACGUCACCGUGACCAUGUACAUCACCAUCGGCACCCGGAACUUGCAAAAAUACGUGAGCCGCACGUCGGUUGUCUUUGUCUCCAUCUCCUUCAUUGUCCUGAUGAUCAUUUCUCUGGCGUGGCUGGUCUUUUAUUAUAUCCAGAGGUUUCGGUAUGCGAGUGCCAGGGACAGGAACCAGCGCCGACUGGGAGACGCAGCGAAGAAAGCUAUCGGCAAGCUCCAGGUCAGGACCAUCAGGAAGGGUGACAAGGAGACGGAGUCCGAUUUUGACAACUGUGCAGUCUGCAUAGAAGGGUACAAGCCCAGCGAUGUGGUCAGGAUCCUGCCCUGCCGGCAUCUUUUCCACAAGUCCUGUGUUGACCCCUGGCUUCUAGACCAUCGCACCUGCCCCAUGUGCAAGAUGAACAUUCUUAAGGCCCUAGGGAUCCCGCCCAAUGCUGACUGCAUGGAUGACUUGCCCAUUGAUUUCGAGGGCUCUCUAGGAGGCCCACCAACCAAUCAAAUCACAGGAGCCAGUGACACCACCGUCAAUGAAAGCUCAGUCACUCUGGACCCUGCUGUUCGGAGAGUGGGGGCCCUGCAGGUGGUCCAGGACCCAGAGCCUGCUCCUCAGGAGGGAGAAGCCAUCUUUACAACUAACAGUGAUCAAGAGCCAGCAGUGAGCAGUGAUUCUGACAUCUCCUUAAUCAUGGCACUGGAGGUGGGCCUGUCUGACGUAGAACUUUCCACUGACCAAGACUGCGAGGAGGUGAAAUCUUGAGAUGGUAGAAACGGACAAAAGAAGACAUAGGAACCAGGGGGACAGGAAGGAAGUACGCUCCGAAGACUGAACUGGAUACACAGCCUUCAGAUCACCAUGGCAACCCCAGGGCACUCUGUUCAAGGGCAGGAAUGAAAGCAAUAGCCAAAGUCUCCCGAGUCAGGACGUGGGUUCCCAUCUCUGCAACAGCCUGUGGCCUCGAUGUGGAAGUUGAAAGCCGGAUGCCUUGGUGUCUGUGCAGACGCGGCAGACGCGGCAGAUUGGAGGGAGACCGUCGCGGUAUCAUCACUCCAGCCCCUCCCUCUUCUUGCUCCUGUUUGGAAAAGAUGGUUCCAUUCCCUUGGCAAUUUCUUUUUAAAGUUGAUGUGUAGUUUACAUCAGUCCCUCGGUUUUCCCUUUGAUUCACUCCAGCCCGUGUACAGAGGUCUGUUUAGAAGUUUGGUUGCUGCUCCUGUGAUUGGUUUGUACCACGUCUUGAGAUUCAUAGUCGUAAGCUAUCAGUAUGGCGUGGGUAUGAAUUUGAGGAUUGCCUCAGCAGCCUGAAACGGUGGGAGGCCACAUUUUAUCAAGCGUCUAAACCCGUCCUCUAAGCGGGUCUUGGUGAGCCCAGCUGCUGGACAGCAGCACUGAGUUCCGGAUCUGCCGAGCCCGUUACUUUAUUUUCAGCUCCACCACAUAGGCUCCCACUUGCCAUGCUUGGUCAGGGGCCAUCUUGGCCAGAGAGAACUGUCAGGGAGGAAUUCAGGUCCUCUGAUUUGAGCGUCUUAGUCUAAAAUUCAGAAUUUCCCCAAAGGACACCAUGGCAAGGUUCAGAGUAUGUGGAACUAUAAGCUAGUUUCAAAAAACAAAAAACAAAAAACAAAAACAAAAUCCCCUAAUGCCCCAUCUUCCCAGGGUAGGGAAGAUUCCUGACUCUCUGAUUUUCCCCAAGGCCUUAGCAGUUUAUCCCCUUCAUAAAUGAAUUCCAUGGGUACAAGGAAUAGAAAAGAUGCAAUCAUUUUUUUAAGUCACGGUCAUCCAGAUGUAAGCUUAUUUCAGGAACUGUCCUGUUAACCCUCACCAGCCUACAUGAAAAUAUCUACAUAAGUCCUUAACAGUUUGCAUUUCAGGUCUUCCCGAGAGCAUCCAGGUAUCAAGAGGAGAAUGAGUUAUGAUCUGAUGAAGUCUGAAUCAAAAUGUGCAUCAUGGGAAAUUGCUAAGUUGAGUUUCUUCUGAUUGUGAGAAUCAAAUAAGAUUAAAAGAAAAAAGUAACAAAUGACUAUCAAGCCCCACUGUACUAUAAAGUGGCUUAUGAUUUUAUUCUCUUUUUGUCUGAAACAAUAACAGAAGUGUGCUGUCUUUCAAGUGGACAGUAUUGUGAUACAUGUAGCAAUUCCAGAGGCAGAGGUGCCCUCCUGUGUCCCUCCGGACAAUCAGAAGUAUCUCUUCCUCCUCCUCCUCCUCCUUCUCAUUGCUAGCAGUUGGCAAGGUCAUACAGAGUAGGGAUUAACCAGGAAAGCAAGCUCUUCCCACUGAGCUGUAUUUAUGUCUUUGAUUUGGGCGUUUCCACCUCAUUACACUAAUAUCUUUCAAACAGCGCUUGUUGGGCUGUAAAUCCAUGCUGCCCACCAGAAUUUUGAGUCCAAGGCAAUGGCAUUCCACUGCUCUUUUCUUUCUUUCUUUCUUUCUUUCUUUCUUUCUUUCUUUCUUUCUUUCUUUCUUUCGUUCUUUCUUUCUUUCUUUCUUUCUUUCUUUCUUUCUUUCAUUCUGUCUCUCUCUUUCUCUCUCCAUUUCUUCCUUCCUUCCUUCCUUCCUUCCUUCCUUCCUUCCUUCCUUCCUUUCUUUCUCUCUCUUUCUUACCUUCUACUUUUCAUGCGUUCCAAGUCAAUGGCACAUGAGUAGAGAGCAAGGCAAGGAAAAUGAUAGUAAGCAACAGAAAACUCGCCUGUGUCUAAGGUCCGGCACAUCCCAUAGUUAAUGCCAGCCUCCAAGGACUGAGAUGCUUCCCAGUGAUGAAGCAAGUGCGUGCUAAACCAGAUUCUCUCAAAUGAAGUUUGAGAUGACUCUCAGUGAAGAUAAGUCUCACUGUCCCCUGUCUCCGAUCACACAAUGGCACUUCUCCAGGGGAAUCUGUGUUGUAAAAUAGCUGUGUCACAGGGGAAAUUUUGAUAUUUCGUCUAAUGCCAUUAGGGUGAUUCAACAAAAAGAGAAAUUAUACAAAAUUACAUUGCAUGACCAGACAGGAAAAGAUCUGGUGGGGGUUUUCUUGCCAGUGAUCAGAUAAAUGCUGAUUACAUAAGCAAGCUCUUGACCUGAUACCCUCUCUACAGGAUGCUAAAUGAGCGGUAAAGGGCCCAAGAGAUCCAGCCUGUGCAUCUGACUCCAAGGAGAUCCUGUGGCAAAUUCCCUGAGCCUUUCACAGUUUCUGUUUACCAAAGAGUUUUGAAGGGAAACUCUUCAUGGCAAGGGAAAGAUUAACGAGAUAGUUCUCCUCUUGACAUAAACUGGAGAAGUCCUUACUAUAGACUUUGCUGCUUCCACAAUGAGGAGACCCUGACCUGAGGACCCAGGAAGCCACACAUGGCUGUGCAGCCCAGGAAUGCACACUGGAUAUGCAUUUACAGGCAGGUAUUUUUCUGAGCGCUGACUCUGCCCAACAGAAAUAUAGUGCAAGUCACAUACAUUUUUUAACUCCCAUUAGCCACAUUUUAAAAAGCAAAAAAGGAACAGGUGAAAAUAAUUUAAUAGUUUAACCUAAUAUUAUUGUCUUGAUAUGCAAAUGAUGUAGAAAGUGUUAGGGAAACAUUUUCUCUACUUUUUUUUUUUACCUAUUCUAAAUCUGCUAUGUCAUUUACAUCCUCAGCACAUCUUCAUUUUUAGUAGCCACAGUUAAAGCUUCCCAUAGCCACAUGUGCCUAGUGGCCACCAGUCAGACGGCACAGUCCAAGAAAUGUUCCAGAAUCCUUACAAGUGCUCCUGACUCUGACAGAAGAAAGAGGAUAAGAUUACCUCAGUUUUCCCCCCCCCAAAAGAAAACCAGACUUUAGCCAAGUUACCUAAGGAGACAGCCAGGGAUGUUCUUAGUUCAUAAUUAAUGGCGGCUCAAAUGGCCUUUGUUACCUUCCUAAGCAUGGUGUCGACUGUCCUCAGCAACUGUGACUUCUCUGACCAGUUGUUUGUUAAAAAGCAACAAGACGGCCAACCACGUUGAUCUGGUGCUCAAAUAAAAUUCCGCCCUCACUUUUAUGACAAACCCUGAGAUUCAUGUGUGAGACUUACACAUCUCACUUCUAUGAUUAAUCCUGAGAUUCAUGUGUGACAUUUAGCCAAAGAGAAUUUACCUCAACCCCUAGUUCUUCCUCCCUGGGGCUGCCCAGUUCUAGAGCAGCAGAACUCAGAGAUGGGAAAGGCGUAGGGAAGCACAGGCUGAGACACACACACACACACAUACACGAUCCGUGUGGGCCUGUCGAGAGAGGCUCUCUGAGGCUUGUGGUCAUCUGUCUCUAUGUGGUGAACAGUGCAGCUUCCGUUCAGCUCUGUCCAAGGCUGAGAGAGGACUGGAGCCCUUGAGCUCCCUCAAGGCACUUUCAGAAUGCCUCCAGCAUUGAAGCGGGUGGAUCUCAGUGUGUUUGAGGCCAGCCUGGUCUAUGAAGCAAGUUCCAGGACAGCCACAUAGAGAAACACUGAGUGGAGGCAGGGGUGGGGUGGGGAGCAGUCACAGAGGCACCUAGCUAGCUCAACAUUGUCAGUGACAUCCUGGCUAUGGAAGCAAGUCUCUCUCCAGAGAUUAGUUGCGGCUAUUGUUGUUGUUGUUGCUUUGAUAUUUUCAUCUGUGGGUAUUCAAGGGUCUAGCCUGUUAAGAAUGGCUGUGCCCAGUAGCCAUUUCCUUUACAGCCCAGACGUCCCUGGGACUACCACACUUCCAGAACCCAAAAAGGAUAUCAGUCUGCCUGAGGUUCUUGGUGUAAGCUUAGCUGGUGCUGGAAUGAACUGCAGAGCAUAAGAACUUAGUGGCAUGUACUUGUCCACUGAAUGCAUAUCCUUGGCUGAACACCAUGAAAAUUACCAAAUAACUUCCAAAAUUUUUAGGAAAGGACAUCGCACUCUCUACAAAGAGAAGGUCCAGUCUUCUGCAGUACAGAGGCCAGGGAGGUGAUGUCCUGUAGCAUUUUUGCUCUAUCUGCAUGUACACCUGCAAGUCAGAAGAGGGCAUCAGAUCUCAUUACAGACGGUUGUAAGCCACCACGUGGUUGCUGAGAAUUGAACUCAUGACCUCUGGAAGAGCAGUCGGUGCUCUAACCACUGAGCCAUCUCUCCAGCCCCCAGAGCAUUCUUAUCAAUGGGUCCCAGAGAGAGCAGGUGUUUAAGGGAUUCAAUAGUCACGAGUUAAAAUGUUCUUGAUGUAAAGAAGAUUGGAAUAGCCCAAAAAAUAAGUUUACACUGGUCUUAGUUUCUUACCUAGCAAUGUAGUUCAUCUCUCUCCCACUUAGCGCCCAAUACCAGGCCUUUCACAGGAAGAACAGUAGUGGUUAAAGUCUCGCAGAUAGGGAACUAUCUUACUCCACUGUGAGCUUUUUGGUGGCAUGAUGUUAUCAUCCCAUGGCUAAUGAAGUGAAUGUGGAUCCCAGAUGUGGGCUUUAAUUGGUUUAAUCAGUUCAUUGUUCUGUGAGAGCCUGUCUUGCUCACUCACUCUCUCCUUGUCCCAUGUCCUUCAUAAUCAAGUGGCCUUUUCAUGAACCUCCGUGCCCAGAUCCUCUAGCCUGGUGGCACUGCAGAUGCCUACCCUCACUGCAGAGCCGUUUGCUCCUUAGCCACUUGAUAUAUGUUCGCUGAUGGAGGAUAAUGAUGAUAUGGGAGUGCACUUCUUGUAAAACUUCUAAAAAGAGGCAGACGGGAAAAUCUCCAGAGACAGGAGAGACAGCUGAGGGACCCAGAGCCAUUGCUGGGUAGAAAUUCUGUGGUUUGCCAUCCUUUGGCUAGCAGUAACCUUGGGGAAGCCAAGAAAAUGUGUGUGCUAACUAAACCAAAGACUGAUCAACACCCAAAUGGACACAUGUUCUUCUGUGAGCUCGCUGAAUUGUCUCCUGAUGUUCUCACAAACAAAAGUCAAGAUGGAUCUCUUGGGCUUUGUGAUUUUUUUUUUAGGCUGCUGGUUGGCCUUGCUAAAUCCACAAAUCUAAAAUAAUGUACCGUGGCCUUAGUGACACACCAUCUUUAAACUUCCAUGUCUAACCUCCUUUUCUUCAAAACUUCCAGACAAAUCUAGCACUCAUAUUAAACUCAGAAUAGUUUUCUUUGAGAAUGUGAAGAUUUUUAAAUAGCCAAAGAAUUUUCAUGUAAGAGCUAGCCCACUGUAGUGUAUCCCGCUCUUUGAAGUAAAUACCAAAUCAUCGCCUAUUAGGGACAGAGUGGUUGAAGGCCAGAGCAUGGGUUUAGCAGUCAAAACUUGUGAGUACUUACGUCUGUAGGAUGUUAUUGCAAGGGGCAGAGCGCCCUCUGCUGGAAUGAUCCUUUUAGCAAAUUAAUUUGCAAUGGGUCUCCACUAAACAAAGGGUCUUACUUUUUCAUCAGUACCAUUCCUUCCAUAGUGAAGAAUUUGGCCAGCACUUAUCAAACGAGGAGAGAAUGUCAUGAACUCUAAAGAGCUGUAGGAGACCUCAAAGCAGGCCUGCUUUAAAGUGUUGCUGUGUUCUGUUGCUGUCUAAGAAGAUGCCUCCAGCUGGAAUGUACAUUAUCAGCACUGGUCUGUGAGGCUUUGUCUCAGCUGCAUUUCCUCCCAUGAAAUCAAGAAGGGAGAUCAAUAAAAGGACUCCUUCUUCCAUGCGAAUGUAAAUGGUGUGAAAUAAAGCGUUUUGUAUGUGUACAGAAUCAACUUAGUUCCUGCUUUCAGCUUACUGAUAGGAAAUGAUUGUACCAUUUUAUAAUUAGGAAGAGAUUCCAAGGCAGGAGAGGGUGGGAACGGAGUGUUAUUUUUGUAGAGGGAUGUCCGCUAUGCUUAGAAAACUUGAGAUAAAUUUUGUAUUUGUGAAGUUACAUUCCAUCCAUUCUUUAAAACUCUCCUGGGGUGGAAGGAAGAAUUUUCUCAUUUGCAGAAUAUCCGGAAUACAUGUGUCACCUGUGGCAUGCAUUUUCUGUAACUUGCAGACAAAACCGCAAGUAUCUGUUUAAAAACAGGAGGUAGGACAGCAUUUUUUUUUAACUCUCUUUGUGUGACACAUUAUCUGUGAUUUUUUAAAAAACAUCUACAAAGAAUGGAUCUGCAAGUCUGGAAUAAUCAGACAUGAUGUCAUAAGUCAGCCUCCAGCAUCACCAACCCCAGGAGCAAAGGGAAAAACCAGUGGCUUUAAUUUUCCUCCCCAGUGGGAAUUAUGUGCUUCUGUUGUAAAAAAGGUGAUGCCACAGUCAGUAUUUCCUUGAGCUUGCCCAUGAUGUCACUUUGGCUGGUCCGUGGGUGGAGUGAAGGAUUGGCCCAUCUCCCUUGUAGCCUGAGACAGGACAGGACAGUGAGGACAACCCUGACCUCACUGCCCUCUGAUCCACCAAUCACAAGAACUGUCUCUGGUUGGUUUUUGCAUGGGGGAAUUUUGGACUUGAAGUUUGGUUAACUCUUUGUGUGCUGAAAUAUGGUGGUUGUGCAUUCUACAGACACAGUGUGAAGACAUCACUUCCCCUGCAGAGUCCCCUGAAUAUUUACAAGCCUUGUUAGGGCAGCGUAGUUACUUUCCGUGUGUAAUUUGUUGGUUUGCUUUUGUAUGGGUCUCUUUCCUUCCUCCCAACCCAAGACACCUACCCUACUCUUUAUAAGCACUUUAUAUCACUUUAAAUACAAAGAAAAUUGGAAGGAAAAAGCCCUAUGACUUUAAAGGAAACAACCUUAUGUUAGGAAAUAGAUUUUAUUUUGCUUUGUUGUCUUCUCGGUAUGCUCGGAGAACAUCCACAGUUUAUCUGGUCCUGGGUUAGUGAUGAAAUGGUUAAGGAUGAGAACUGGAGACACUCAUCAGACAUGACUAUUUUCAUUAUAUUAAAGACUAUAAUGUAAAUAAAUGCAACUGUGUUCUGACCUACAGUCAAAAGAUAUAUCAAACCAUAAAGAUUUCAACACAAGGAUUGUGACUUCCAGGAAAUUUGUUUUGUUUUGUUUUUUAAUAAAAUGGAAACAGAU